AUGGACCCUUCCCGCUUGAAUCUUGCUGCUAUCCUCGCAUCCCAGAAUCCAUAUAUUGACCCCAAGAUUGAGGCCUAUGAAGCAUCUACGCGUAACUUCCUGAAGGCCGUGUCAAGCUAUGGGAACCGCGCGGUGACCGAGAUCACCAAUCGCAAGAAUGCCUACGUUUCCGAGAAGAAGAGGAUAGCGGACAAGACGCAGCAGAUUGAGACUGAAAUUACAGACUGUAAGAAUAGGGAGAUCGAGCUUUUGAAGCAGCUUGAAAAGGAACAGCAGGAGACGAAGGAGGCGGAAUCAUCCGUCUCCGCCCUUCGGAAGCAGCUUGCCGCGAUCCGUCAGAAGUGCGCGUCUAUAGACGUCGAGCUGGAACAGUAUCGCGCUGUUACUGCGAACUUGCGAAGAGAAAAGGCGAAGGAACGUUCCAUACUUGAGACGCACGCUGCCGGACUGCUUCCAGAGCUUCGCGCUUGCCAAGAUAGGCUACAGUGCGUUGUUGAAGGUAUUGACAGAGACCGCCUGUUGUUCCGCUUCGCGGCCAUCGACAAGACGGCGCCAGAUCGUGAAUACAGUUUUGUACUGGACGUGUCCAGUAAAAUUUACAAAGUCAUCACGACGACUCCUUUGCUUCCAACUCUACCUAUUCUGCUAGAUGACCUGAACGAAACCCGGGACAUAUAUGCAUUCAUAGCCAAGAUGCGCCAUGCAUUCCGUGAUAUGUCAGAAACUAUUCCAAGUGUCUGACCUAUGGCUGUGGUUAUUCACCGAAAAUAUCAGCUGUGUAAUGUUUCAUAUCUUCCCAGCAUAUUAUGCACCUCUGAUAUUGAUUCACAAGAUAUCCCACCUAUUUAUGUAUUCCAAC